AUGCGUUUGCCUUCCCUUGAGAAUAUUGAUGAACAACCCAUGUCUAAGAUCUCACACGACAUUAAUAUAACGAUACCACUUCCUGUACAUUCGACUUGGCUCGAAUCGAGUCGUCUUCAGCAAGUGGUACAAUGGCUAUAUCCACCUACGGUUCGUCUCCAGAAUGUACAGCGGCUGUAUGGGCAUAUUCAUCCGUUGUGUCUACUGAAGCUGUCGAAUGGGAAUCAACUCAUCAUCAAACUCUCACCACCCUCCACCGUGCCACUGCUGCGGAGAGAGCGAUCUGCUUUAGAGACUGAAGCGCAAGCUCUCACUUUACUUCGAGACAUUGCAAAUCCGUUUAUUCCACAGUUAGUUCAUUAUGCUUCUGAGGAUAAUUAUUUUGGAACCCCCUUUCUCCUGAAACGAUACGUGCAAGGUACUUCGCUUUUAGAAAGUGGGAAUCGUCUCUCUGCACAAGCUAGCAAGAAUAUUGAUCAACAUCUCGGAUCCUUAAUGAAGGUGCUCGGGCAGCAAGUUUCGACAGCGUUUGGACCUUUGACGCAGGUAUCUGCAGGCGCAGGAAGCCCGUCUUGGCGCCAGUCUUUUGUUUCCUUGUUCGAAGAGAUACUUCGGGACGCUGAAGACAUGUUCAUCCAUUUGCCAUAUAGCAAGCUUCGAGAACAGCUCUUCCGAUUGGCUCCUGCACUUGAUCAAGUUACACUACCGAGACUUGUGAUCGUCAACUUUGGCCGACCUUCAGAGGUGCUGCUAGAUUCGGACCUAAAAGGAUUAUCUGGUAUCUUGGAUCUUGGGAGUGCCAUAUGGGGCGAUAUCUUGAUGGCUGAGAUAUUUGAAUCACCUUCCGAUGCUUUAUUGCACGCCUUUGGGUCGGUUCCGUCAGAUGAACCUUCUCAAUCAAUCAGACUUCUUCUGUAUUCUUGUUAUCGAAGCGUUUAUAAAAUCACCGAACUUUAUUAUCACAAUCAGAAUGAUGAUACUACAGAAAUGCAUACGCGUCGAAAACUGACGGAAGUCUUGCGAGUCUUAACAGAAACAGAGAUGGAUUGGCACGCCUCACGGUUACACGAGUAG